CUCUUCCCUAACUACAAAGUUGCAGAGGUGAAUCGAAGACCCUCAGAAAUUGUUUAUCCACUUGAAAAGGAAAGCUGCGUGAAGUCAUGGACCUCUAUGAAUGAGCUGACCAGGGACAUCUAUGACAUCUAUGCCGAGUAUGAAGACGAAGAGGAGGAGACUUCCCAAAAGCAGUUUUUCCCUUCCAAGAAGAACUACAUGAUCAACAUCAAUGUAGGGGGGAAGAUCUACCAGAUAGCUUACAAGACAGCAGCUAAGUAUCCCACGACCAGAAUAGGGCGCCUGGCCACAUACACGGACCAAAACCUGAAGCUGGGCCUGUGCGACGACUACACUGUGACCAACAAUGAGUACUUCUUCGACAGGGACCCCGAUGUCUUUCACAACAUCUUCAGCUUCUACAGGACCGGCGUGCUGUGGAUCAGGGACGAGAUGUGUCCCCGCAACUUCCUGGAGGAGAUCCACUACUGGGGUGUGAGGAUGAAGAACACAAACCGCUGCUGCCGCAUCUCCUUCGAGGAGCGGCAGGACGAGCUGAAUGAGCAGCUGAAGAUCCAGAGGGAGCUGGAGGCGGAAGUGGAGAUCGAGGAGGACGAGGAGCUCUUUCAAGACAUGUUCUUGGGCUCGCAGCGCAGAGCUAUCUGGAACCUAAUGGAGAAGCCGUUUUCAUCCGUCAAGGCCAAGCUGAUGGCGGUGGCCUCCAGCCUGUUUGUCCUGGGCUCCCUGGUGGCGAUGACUCUCAACACAGUGGAGGAGAUGCAGUUCAUAACUCCCAAUGGUCAGCUCAGUGGUAAGACGUACUGGGAACAUGUUGAGUCCAUAUGCAUCGCCUUCUUCACUAUGGAGUACCUGCUGCGUCUGGUGUCCACCCCUGAACUGAAAUCCUUCUGCAAGAGCGUGCUCAACACCGUGGACCUCAUCGCCAUCCUGCCUCAGCAUCUGCAGGCCUUCCUGGAGUUCUUCGACAACAAGGAAAACUACAUGAAGCACGAGGCCGACAUGCAAGCGGUGUCGCAGGUGGGAAAGCUGGGCCAAGUGUUGCGCAUCAUGAGACUGAUGCGAAUCUUUCGAAUCCUGAAACUGGCGAGACACUCCACAGGUCUGCGGGCGUUUGGCUUCACUCUGCGUCAGUGCUACCAGCAGGUGGGCUGCCUCUUCCUCUUCAUCGCCAUGGGCAUCUUCAGCUUCUCCGCCAUGGUUUACACCGUGGAGCACGACAUGCCGAACACUAACUUCACCAGCAUUCCUCACGCAUGGUGGUGGGCUGCUGUCAGCAUCUCCACUGUGGGCUACGGAGACGUUUACCCAGAGACCAUACUGGGUCGCUUCUUUGCUUUCAUCUGCAUCUCUUUUGGUAUCAUCCUCAACGGUCUGCCCAUAUCCAUCCUCUUCAACAAGUUCUCAGACUAUUACGCUAAGCUCAAGUCCAAUCGGUACACAGCCUCCAUGAAGAACAGAGGAAAGGAGAUCUUCAGAGCGUGCAAAGUGUAA